CUAAUGUUUAUAAACUAGUUAAUAUUAUAGAAAAAAAAUUAUUCCAACAAUCAUAAAUAUUAUACAACUUACUUUGAUGUAUUCAUACCUGUAGUUCUAGAUCCUAAAAUACCUAUUUCUCUCUAUCUCUAUCUCUCUCUAUCAAGACCCAACCUUCACUUUGCCCAUUACAAAUUUUAAGACAUAAGAUUCUGCUUGAAAAUUGGACUGACGAGAGAAACGAGAAGAAAUGAAGAAAAGCCGUUCAGUUACCGAAAAAAUAAUGUUCAUCGGCAUGGUUCUGGCCGGUCUAAUGGGUGGUGCUGUGCUCAUCUCCAGCUUCAUCGGAUCAGGAGAUAACUACCUACUCUGCUCGCUGACCGGCGGCCCCAGAAGCCUCGCCGUUGCCUCUUACUCACCCACGGAGACCCAGCUACGAGCCAUCCUCCACUACGCCACCUCGAGUGUGGUUCCACAACAGUCGCUGGCGGAGAUUUCCGUCUCCUUUGAGGUCCUCAAGUCACGCGCGCCUUGCAACUUCCUCGUCUUCGGGCUCGGUCACGACUCACUCAUGUGGACCUCGCUUAACCCACGCGGCACGACGCUAUUCCUCGAGGAGGACCCCAAAUGGGUCCAGACCGUUCUCAAAGAAGCCCCUGAACUCCGGGCCCACACGGUCAAGUACCGCACGCAGCUCUCACAGGCCGACAACCUGCUAUCCUCUCACAGGUCCGAACCGCAGUGUUCGCCGCGAAAUGCUGUCCUACGCGGCAACACCCGGUGCCGGUUAGCGCUGGAUAACCUGCCGGAUGAGGUCUACGAGAAGGAGUGGGACUUGAUCAUGAUCGAUGCGCCGCGAGGGUACUUUGCGGAGGCGCCGGGUCGGAUGGGCGCGAUCUUCUCAGCGGCUGUAAUGGCGAGGAACAGGAAGGGAUCCGGUGUGACGCACGUGUUUCUACACGAUGUUGAUCGGAGGGUGGAGAAAAUGUUCGCUGAGGAGUUCCUGUGUAGGAAAAACUUGGUCAAGGCCGUAGGGAGGCUCUGGCACUUCGAAAUACCGUCGGCCGCUAAAGUGAGCGAUGGUGGCAGUAACAGUGUUCGUUUUUGCUAGAGUGGGCCGAUCGACGAUCCUGGGUCCUUCUUGUUGUCAAUCUAUUUUGUUAAACUGAGAGGCAAUGAUUAGUUUACAAAAAAAUAACUACCGAAAUUAAUUAUUAAGUGAUAAUUUUAUGUUA